AUGCCCUCACCCCCCGCCACACCGCUUCACACCGGCGCGCCUCCAGGGUCUUCCUCUGGAUUAGGCUCUUCCAGCCGCGGAUGCGCGUCGUCCUCCAGAACGCCCUCGCCAUACCCCUCUGUAACUUCUUCCAUUUUGCAUCUCAACGGGCUAGCUGCACGGAUCCGCACGGUCAUGCCCGAUAGCCCGGCCCUCGCUUUAGAGUCGGGCGACGAUUGGGACGUGUCCUCCCUCAACGCGGACCUUCUUUCCGACCUUGAGGACGAGAUGCCUAUUUCCCCCACCCCUAGCGUGGAGGUUGCGGACUCUUCUCUUGUUAUGCCCCGCCUGCUGCUCUCGCUAGACGCGAGUGGCGGAGCAACUGCCUUGACUGCACCUAUCGGUAAAUUGGGCGUUUUAGUUGCCGGCGGCUCGCCAGGUUGCAAAUCACAGCUGGUAGAUACGCUUAUUAGCGAGUGCCCAGCAAUUGUCGACUCAACUGGCCCUUUGACUUCGGGGGACCGUCCCGAGAUCUUCCAACGAAGAGCCAAGUCGCUGCCGAUUUCCCAUAAUGCCAUCUCGUACGGCGAGGACCACUUUAACAUUGCGUUUGUCGAGACACCGUCUCUGACAGGAAAUAACAAUGAGAUUGAACUCGUAUCCUCGUUUCUAGAGGCGAGGUUCGCUCAGACCGCAACGCUCAUAAAUGGCCUCAAUCCUACCUGUACGCAGAUCCUGCGCCACUCUUGGUCGCUGGGCCAGUUUUCGCAUAUUGACGUCUGCUUGUAUCUACUAGAAGACAAAAUCACAGAGCAAGACAUCGAGAUAUUGCGGGCCAUUUCCCGGUUCGCUGCCGUUAUACCGCUUAUCGCCGACAGUGAAUGUAUUGGUUCCGCAGAACUUGCUGCACGCAAGCAGGCGUUUGCAAAAAUCCUGAAAGAGAACCGCAUUGACAUGUUUGAAUUUGAAGAUACCCCACAACUCGAGUACCCGUUGGCUGUAUCGACAUCCCACGAACAAAACUACGAUAUGACCAUGACUGAGGUAAUGUCACCUGGUUAUUCGAGCACCGUUCUUGUUCAAAGUGACAUUCAAGAGCUCAUUAAACAGCUCUUUUCUGAUAACGGUGCUCAGCAAGUACGUGAACAUGCCGCUAGGCGGUUUGUCGACUGGGUCUCGGCCCGCUCCCUUAACUACGGCGCCCGUUUCUCGCAAUACCCCGUGCCGAUUUCGCCUGGAAUGAAACUGGAUCUAGACUGGUCGCUUGCAUGUAGAGGGCAAAUGCAGUUGUCGCUCGCCGACCCUCCAAAAAUGCGACCCAUUGGAAACGUUGAUCCUCUUAAGCUCUUCCAGUGGAACAGCAAAGUAUGGCGAUUUGUGGUGAUGCUUGCUGCGGCUGCGUUUUCCAUCACAAUGUUCCGCCAUGCGUUUGCUCGCUUUUUUGCAACUCAGCAUAUGCCCGAACUGCCGUCUCCACCACAAGCAACUCCUCAUAGACGUUUAGGGGCUGUUCUCCGGGAGAUUAUGGGUAACUUCCAGAUUGUUGUGGCAUGA